UGUGCUAGGUGGAGCCAUUUGAAUUUUAAUUAAUUUUAAGGAGUCAAAUACAGCAGGCUCUCCCUUAUAAGAAGAGAACUGCAACUCAUGGUUAUAAGAUAAGAACUUAGAAAGAGAUAGAGAUUUUGAGAGAGAACAAGUUAGAGAGAGAGAGAGAGAUGGAGGUAGUUUCUUUGAGAAAAUCUUGUAAAGGAGGUGGAAUCAAGGAAGAGAAGCGAGUUGAAUCGAGCGGCAAUGAAGAAAGUUUCAAGGAAGAGAUUGUUCUCAAGUUUGGAAAUGGAAGGGAUGAUCAUGAGGAUCAUAAUCUGAAGCCAUUGUCGCCUAAUCGAAAUGACAAUCAGAUGUCUGUUAUGCCAACAAUGGAUAGAUCAUCUGCAGAACCCAAUUCAAGAGCAUCUUCAUCGGUCCAAAAAGAUCAGGAUAAUCAGCUUGAAUCUGCCAAAGCCGAGAUGGGCGAAGUGAGAGAAGAAAACAAAAGAUUAAGAAUGAAUUUAAAUCGGAUUAUUAAGGAAUACCAGACCCUUCAGAUGCAAUUCUAUGACAUUGCUCGACAAGAAUCGAAGGAAUUCACAAAUACAGCUCGUGAAGAAACCGAGGAUCCUGAUCAGCUUGUUUCCCUCAGUCUUGGAAGAACUUCAAGAGAUUCAAAAAAGGACAUUGAAAAACCUAGAAAAGGCAAAGAGGAUAUUCAACAAGACGAUAAAGAAGGGUUGGCUCUCGGACUGCACUGUGAUUUUGACAUGUCUAAAACAAGACCGAUUGAGACUCCGGUGAAGCCAAGCCCAGAGAACAGCUUAGAAAUGAAGGAAGAAGAAGCCGGAGAGGGAUGGGCACCAAAUAAAGUUUUGAAGACGACAAGAAGCGAAGAUGAUGAAGUUUCACAGCAAAACCCUGCAAAGAAAGCUAGGGUUUCUGUGAGAGUUCGAUGUGAUACCCCAACGAUGGUGGAUGGAUGCCAAUGGAGAAAGUAUGGACAAAAGAUUGCGAAAGGAAAUCCAUGCCCUCGAGCAUACUAUCGUUGCACUGUUUCACCAUCAUGUCCUGUAAGAAAGCAGGUUCAAAGAUGUGCUGAGGACACAUCCAUCUUGACCACCACCUAUGAAGGAACACACAACCACCCACUUCCUAUUUCCGCCACUGCUAUGGCUUCCACCACCUCCGCCGCCGCUUCCAUGCUCCUUUCUGGCUCAUCCACCUCAUCAGGUGGCACCAUCACCUCUGCCACCGCCGCCGACUUCCGUGGACUCAACUUUUAUCUCUCUGAUCAUUCAAAAUCAAAACAGUUCUACCUACCCAAUUGUUCAAUGUCAUCUUCACCUUCAUACCCAACAAUCACUCUUGACCUCACUACUCCAACCCCAUCCUCUUCCUCUUCCUCUUCCCAUUUCAAUAUAACCUCUUCUUCAAAUUUCCUUUCAACUCCAAGAUAUUCUUCUACAAAUCUCAACUUUAGUUCUUUUGAAUCCAAUCCUAUACCUGUGGGGGUCCUUAACUAUGGGUCUCAAACCUACAACAAGAAUCAAGUUAAUUCAUUGAGCUUUGCUAGACAGCCCCAAGAAAACUUCUAUCAUACUUUCAUGCAAAAAGGUAACCCUAACCCUAACCCUAACCCUCCUCAACAGCCCCUACAAACAGAUGCCAUUGCAGCUGCAACCAAGGCAAUCACAUCCGAUCCAAGUUUCCAAUCUGCUCUAGCUGCCGCUCUCACAUCGAUCAUUGGCUCUGGCGGUAGUGGUGGUGGAGGGAACCCAGGAUAUCAAAUUGAAAGUAACAAAGUUGGUCAGAAUUCAAAGUUUGGUGAGCCCUUCCCACUUGUUUCUAGCUUCCCAUCGGCUACACCAAAUGGAAUCAAAUGCUCUUCAAGCUACUUCAACAGACCACCUUCAUCGGCGAAUUCUCAGCCGGGAAGCUUGAUGUUUCUGCAACCUGCAUUGCCGCCGCUUUCUACCUCUGAGGGCAAAUCUACUUCUCCUAGUAGAGACCAUGUCCUGUGAUUGGUUUUAGAGAUUUUUGUCUAUUCAUUUUGGCUAAAGAUUUUCUGUCCUCAAAUGUUCUUGUCCUCCUAUCUCAAAAUAUUUACAACCAUUAAAUAUAUUUUAAAAUUUUCACA